AUGGAUUUAUCUCAGAGUGUUCUCUCACAAGCUUCCUCAUUGUUUAUGAGUGCUCUUGGACCGGAGGAUCAGGAUAUUGAAAUUUCCGAUACUCGGUCACCAUCCCUUCUCGUUGGUCAUUCUAAUAAUUUAGCAUCAUCAAAUAUAAUAACCAACAACAAUCACGAUGAUCCCUUGCAAAAACAAGGAGCACAAUAUGAAACGGAAAUUCAAGAACAAUUUAAUUCACUACAAAAUUAUCAAGUCAAUAAUGAUAGAACAUCGUUGGAUGGAUAUCAAAAAUUGUUGCAAAAAUUGCGACAAAAUAUUCAACUCUAUGAAUUGUCAUCAUCAUCAACUAGUCAGACACAACAAUACAAGCAACAGUUGAAAUAUUAUCAAAAUAGAUAUAAUGUAAUGGAGAGACAAUUUUUAUUGAAUCAACAUGUAAUUUCAUCAAAUAAUGAGCCUAUCAGUAAUCAGUCGUUGAGUGAUGAUGAGGAUGAGGAUUUGGAAUAUGGAAGAAGUUCCAAUAAUAAUGCACUCUUUGAAACUGAGAGAUUGUUGAGAUCGAGUGAUCAAAGUCUCAAUCGAUCUAUGCAAUUAAUGCAUGAAAUUGAAUCAUCGGGAACUGAAUCUUUGGGUAUGUUGAAAUCACAAAGAGAACAAAUGGAAAACACAAAACACAAACUUAGAGGAGUGCAAGGUGAUUUAGUAAUUAAUGACAGACUUUUAAAUAACAUGACAAGAAGAAAAUAUUACAUGGUUGGAGGUAUUGCUCUAAUGAUUAUAAUUAUUAUUGUUUUAUUUGCCUUGAUUACUUAUGGAUGGGUUAAUAGAAUUACAAACUAA